AUGGAAAAACUCGGCGCUCAGUUAGCAGACUUGAGUGCCAAACAACUGGACGGUGUUGCGGCUUGGUUAGCGGUCAGGAAAAAACCAAUAGACCGACAACUACAGACGGAUAUGGAUAUCAACCGAAACUGGACAGCAGUACACGACGAAGACGACGACGACGACAGAAAACCGACGAAAUGCUUGCCGCUUGCGUACCUACACGUUUCGGUUUACGAUUUCGAUUCCAACUAG